AUGAAGUUCGCAAAGGAGCUCGAGCAAGACCUCGUACCAGAAUGGCGUAUCAAAUAUCUCAACUACAAGGCCGGCAAGAAGCAUGUCAAGGCUGUGUCGCGCGCCAUCAAUCGCGCCAAUGGUAGCCCUUUGAACAACGCCAGCGGGCCCGAGAAUCAGAACGGCACCGCCUCCUACCUCUUCCACGCCCACUCACCCUUCCGCAGUCAUCGACAUACUCGUUCCAAGGCCUCGAAUGCCCCUGAUGAGCGCACCUCGCUGCGCGGCACCCCGGCCCCAGUUGGCUCGGCGCACCAGAAGCCCGCCCAUCCGAUCCCCACGCCCGCUUCGCACAACGACCGUCAAGGCUGGAACGAUGGGCCAAGCGACUUGCGUUAUGGGAGCUUCGUUCAUACUCCGCCUCAACACGAGACCGGAAGCCCCUUGGAUCGCAGGCAAACCUUUGAGCUGCCUGGGCCAGCCAUGCAUGCGCCUUCCCCUCACAGCGGUCCCAGCCCGCAAGCCGCCUCAACGCAAGCGGUAUCCACAGCACGACAGGCCCUCCAUAGAAGCGCGACCGUCGACGAGAGUGUGCCUGGUCCAGUCGGCACACCUGCCACCGAACACGAACGCACCCCGUCAUCUCUGCGACUGCCCCACCCGGCGACCAUCGGACCCGGCCCCAAUGCCUCGCCCCGCGGCGGGCUCCGCCGGCUGUUCUCAGGCGCGUCGCACCUGGGCCGAGUGGGGACAAAUUCGGAAUACGGCCUCCAGCCCUCGGCAUUGGACAUGGUCAGACAGAAGGAGAAGGAAUUCUUUGAGUUCCUGGACUCGGAGUUGGAAAAGGUUGAGGAGUUCUACAAAAUGAAAGAGGACCAGGCUGGUGAGCGUCUGGCUUUGCUCAAGGAACAGCUGCACGAGAUGAGGAACCGACGCAUACAGGAGAUCAACGCCCAAAAGCGGCAGGCUGAGAUGGAAUUCCUGAGCCGAGGCGACGGAGACCGCGAUGCUGCGCAGAGAGGCCCCCUCGGCUGGAUCGAUCCUGUCAAAACCAAGAUCUUCCGCCCGGGGCCCAACUCCCGGGCUCUGUCGAAAAUGGCGCACACGCCCGUCAUGCGCCCAGCCGAGGGCGGCGACGCAACUCGAGAUUACAUCCGGCGGCCCCACGAGCACGACGUGCCGUACCGCACCGCCAAGAGGAAGCUGAAGCUCGCCAUGCAGGAGUUCUACCGCGGCCUCGAGCUGCUCAAGUCGUACGCCCUGCUCAACCGGACGGCGUUCCGGAAGCUGAACAAGAAGUACGACAAGGCCGUCAAGGCCCGCCCGCAGUACCGGUACAUGAACGAAAAGGUCAACAAAUCGUGGUUCGUCAACAGCGAGGUCGUCGACGGCCACAUCAAGGCUGUGGAAGACCUCUACGCCCGCUACUUUGAGCGCGGGAACCACAAGAUUGCGGCCGGCAAGCUGCGAAGCCUGAGCCGGAGGCCCGGCGACGAAUCGGGCAGCGCCUUUAGAUGCGGCAUCCUCCUGGGCACCGGGUUGGUGUUUGCCAUCCAAGGAACCGUAUUUGGCGGGCAGCUCCUGUUCGACGAUGACGCAGAGGUACGGGCGCGGACGGGCUAUCUCAUGCAGAUCUACGGAGGCUACUUCUUGAUGCUUUUGCUGUUCAGCAUGUUUUGCGUCAACUGCGCCAUCUGGACACGCAACAAGAUCAACUACCCCUUCAUUUUCGAAUUCGACACCCGCACCAACCUCGACUGGCGACAGCUCGCCGAGUUCCCCAGCUUGUUCACCUUCAUAUUUGGUGUUUUCAUAUGGCUCAACUUUAGCGAGUAUGGGACCAACGAAGUGUACGAAUACUACCCCGUGGUUCUGAUAGCUCUGUCGGCCGCCAUCAUCUUCAUGCCCGCGCCGAUACUCAUGGCACGCAGUCGAAAGUGGUUUGCAUACGCCCAUUGGCGUCUCUUGCUUGCCGGUCUCUAUCCGGUAGAAUUUCGAGACUUUUUCCUCGGCGAUAUGUACUGUUCCCUGUCAUACGCCAUGUGUAACAUCGAGCUGUUCUUCUGUCUCUACGCCAAUGCAUGGGACAACCCAACGCAGUGCAACUCGAAUCACUCGCGGCUCCUCGGCUUCCUGGGCGCGCUGCCACCCAUCUGGCGCUUCCUGCAAUGUCUGCGGCGUUACAGGGACACAAGGAACAUCUUCCCGCACCUGGUCAACGGCGGCAAGUACACAAUGUCCAUCCUGGCCGCCAUGUCGCUCUCCAUGUACCGCAUCGACAACACGCACGGCAACCUGGCAAUGUUUGUUACCUUUGCCACCAUCAAUGCCGUAUAUACCUCCAUCUGGGACCUGUUCAUGGACUUCUCCCUCCUCCAGCCGCACAGCAGGCUCUGGCUCCUCCGCGACAUCACGGGCCUCAAGAAACGCUGGCCGUACUACUUCAUCAUGGUGACCGACCCGAUCCUGCGCUUCUCCUGGAUCUUUUACGCCAUCUUCACCCACGACACGCAGCACUCCUCCAUCGUCUCCUUCCUCGUCGCCCUCGCCGAAGUCGCGCGCCGCGGCAUGUGGACCCUCCUGCGCGUCGAGAACGAGCACUGCGCCAACGUCGCCCAGUACAAGGCCUCACGCGACGUGCCGCUGCCCUACCCCGUCGAGCCGCGCGUCUCGCAGCGGUUCCCCGGGGUCGCGGAGGAGGGCAGCGGCAAGGACGACGACGUGGCCGAGACGACGGGCGAGGCGCGGCUCGACUCGGGGGCGGCUGGUGCGAGCGGCACCACGACGGCGCGGCCGACGACGGACCAGAGAAUGGCGGAGGAGGGCACGGUGCGGCGCAGGAGGCGGAGCGGCAUCUUGCCGUUGCAGCGGAGCUUCUCCAAGAUCAUCGCCGAGGGCGCACAGGCAGGAUUUCGAAAAGAGGAGGAAGCCGGUCGACGCCGACGUGGAGAAGCACGAGGAGGCUGGCGGCAUGGCGAGCGACGACGACGACGACGAAGACGAAGACGACGACGGCGGCCGCGAGGUGCCCUCGGGCGGGUCGGACGACGACGACGACGAGGCGGAUUCCAUGGAGAUCCGCGAGGCGCAGAGGCUGGUGCACGAGCACGGGGACGGGAGUCCGCAAGCGUCUAA